AUGUAAGUUACAGUUCAUUUGAGACUCUGAGCAAAAAGAAGAGUGAUCCAAAGUGAUGACUGUUACCUAUAAUGCUAAUGUUUAUGCAGAUGAAUUUGAUCAAGAGGAUGUUUAUGUUAACUCUACAGUUCCCACUGUGGAGAAACACAAGCCCACGUCAGAUAAGAAGCGUCCCUUCAUCAUUCCUGACGCUGUUCGACCUUUUUUGCCGUUGGCGGGGUGUUGGGUGAUACUUUUAAUAAUCUUGUUCCUUCGUAUCCACUUUACCUCUGUCAUUUCUGCCAAACUGAAUCAAAACCUCCAGGAAGAAAUCAGUCUCAAUGAACUCUGGAAGCAGUACUGUGAUGAUCUGAAUGUCCAGAUAUACAACAUGAGAGAAGCUCAAUAUUUCUUGAUGAACAACAUCAGCAACCUGAAUGAUGAAAACGAUCGACUGAAGGGAGAAAUUCAGCAGGUAAGGGCAGAGAAGCAGUCCAUGAGUGAAGAAGUUCAGCGGCUGAAGGCAGAAAACCAGCGACUGAAGAAAACAUAUGAAUACAGUACUGCAAUCCCAACGGUGACAAUGUGGAACACAACGAGUAAUAUAACUACCCGUUCUGUUUCAUCGAUGUGGAGGUCCCACUAUCGACGAAGAAGGCAGAUUGAGCCUUGCCAGAGAGGAUGGCUCCAAUUCAAGUCCAGCUGCUACGUGACCAGUUACCAUUACUCUCUGGAUCAGAAGACCUGGGAAGGAGCUCGAGAUGACUGCAGAGGAAGGAAUUCAGAAUUGGUUGUUAUAGAAAGUCCAGAGGAACAGCUACUGGAUACAACCACCAGCUGAUAACAAGGGCUGUGUGAUUUCUGUCAGAGGGACCAAUGGGUGGAAAGCUGUAAGCUGUGACAUCAAAAAUUCUUGGAUCUGUGAACAGGGCGCUGUGUCUGGUUAAAUAUUUCUCCUAAACCUGAGAAUAUAAUGGCGUUUAUUCUAUAUAAGGCAAUACUCAAACAUGCUGCGCAGAAAUAUGAAGAUAUAUGCUUUGAAAUUUAAUGUUAAUAUAUAAAAGAUGCUUUGAAUCCUUUAUAGAAACUGUACUCUGUCUAUUAAUAAAACAUGAUUUUUUAUGCUAAUGCGUAUGCUAAUAUAAUGUUCGAAUUAUAUACAUGUAACUGUAUUUUUUCCUGAUUGGCAUCUAAUGGCACUUGGGGGACAAUGCUUGAUGACUUUGUAAUAUUCAUUCAUACAAAGAAAAUGUGCUUUCAGCCUAUAUCCUUUAUUCCUUGAUUGUUCCUGUUGUCUGAAGAAGAUUUCCCAGGCAGAGACACUGGAGAAUCUGUGAGGAAUACCAGUUUAAUGCCGUUUACCUGUGAAUAAGGCUAAAAUUGCAAGGCCAUAAGACAAUGGGAGAGAGAGUUUGGCAACAUAUUUGGCAAGAGACACAUUUUUUUCUCUUUUUAAA